CAAUUCACUUGCGUGCACGCGCUUCUCAAUCACUUUAGCAGCUUUUGCGGAGUGAUACCAUUCUGUGUUGCUCUAGUGUUUCUCGAACAUUAUGUCGUGUUCUAAUCGCUCCCUACACCCUCAAAUUUCGCCAAUACACGGCUGAUUGAUCAAUCUUCCAGGCACCAUGCCGCGUCAACUACCUUGGGCGAAGAAGAGUGGCGGAAGUCGGGCACAAAUCAAACCAGCAUCAUCGCAGCAAACGACAAAGUCACACAAUGCGACUGAUACAGAUGACGGUUUCUUCGACGACACGGUUCUGGCAAGCAGAACAGGAAGAUCAGAUGAGUCGGACGACGACCUUCCCGGGCUUCCAGCAGAACCAUCAACGCCCCGAACUAAAGCCAGGGCCAAAGACGCACUGCGUAAGAAACGUGAAGGCUCAUCGUCUCCGCCUCCAGUUAACGACCUCGAGCAGCCAUUUGUGGAAGGCAUGCAUAGAGCUGCAUCUAAGUUCGAUUUGCGCGACGAUGAAUGGAUGAUGGUCGAAGAUGAGUUUCUGGAGACGGCAAAGCUAUUCACGCGACACUUGCAUAUCGCCGAAUACGAGAGGCUCAAAGCGACCAUCGAAGAGAAGAAAAAAGAAGCGGCCGACAUUGCAAGACCAGUUGUUGCGAAUACAAAAAGGUCGACUACUGGCGCUAUGAAAGAGAAGGCCAGGGUUCAAGAAUUGAAGCAGAAGAAGGCCAUUCGUGAUGUGUUUGCGUCCAAGGGAGAAGAAGAGGACAACAAGGAAGAGCAGACCAUGCCAUCUAGUCGAAGCAACCUUGUGUCUACAUUUAGGUCCUUAUCGAACAAUGCUACGGUCGCAUGUAAAGGAACACCCGGGACAUUUGCAGCACAAGAUAGCGAUAACGACAGCGAUGAUUUGAAUGCACCGCGCCUCUCAGCUAAGCCACCAUGCAGAGCCACCACCACGCCAACCCUAGCCCGAAGGGGCAGCAUAGUGGGAGGGCAAGAUUCUGCCUCGCCUGAUCCGAGGCCAUCCAACCCUACCUUCGCUAAGCCUGCGCCACCUAAAGCCGUAGCAAAACCUCGCUCAAGAUUGGGUCGCGCAACGCCCUUCGAUAUGCUUGAUGACUGGGAUCCGAAGAAGAGUAAAGCAUCGUCACAGUCUUUGCUAGAGCAGCCUGCUAAGACACAAAAUACAUCGCGCUCACCAUCUCUUAGCGGACACUCACAGCCACCUGCUCCUCUCAACGAUAGAGGCGACGCUAAAGUGAGACGAUCGACUAUUUCGUUCGACGAAGACGUACCUAUCAGGAAUCACAGCAGUAAUGAUAGUGGCGGUGUCAGCAAGGAAACCACGGAUCGUCUUGCAAAACGAAAAGCCCAGCGGGAGAAAGAUGAGAAAGAGAGGAAGCGGAAAGCUGCAAAGUUGGAUGACAUACCCACGUUUUUGUUCUGAGUUGUUUGCCGUCAUUAACAGAUCUUGAGCUCGUCGCUGCUGUGUUGGGAAAUUACUUUGAGAAUAUACUUGAUACCCUUGGUUGCGAGUUUCUCUAGGCUGUUUGGGUACAAGGAUGCUUGUCUUUUAAUGAUAGGAUGCACCCCGAACAUUAGACCAUACCCUAAAUCUAUACACUGUUACUUUGUUGUUUGGCUUGUCAUCAUUUCAUCAUGUACACUCUCUAGGUUCAUUGAGAAGGGAUAGGCUUCUCCAGGACCCAUCGUAUUCGUUAUUGUCAUGA